GUGCACACUCCGUACUGGGUAUUUUAUGCUGAAAAGAAAAUCUGACGGGACAACUCUGUUAAACGAGUGAAAAUAACAAAAGCACAAUGAUAAACUAGGCGAGUUCAAGAAUGAAAUGCAAUUAGGAUCUGCGAUGAGCAAUUCACGUUAUGUGUCACUUUUGUUUGAAAUGAAAAAUGAAGCGAAAUAGAAUCAGGCUCAGUCAACAUAUGAAGGUAAAAACAAGUGACAAUAUUUUGUAAUUAACAGCUUCUUUGUGAAUUUAAUUAGGAAACAGAAUCGGCUCAAAAAUAAAUUUCAAGGACGUCAUGUGAUAAAAAAUAAGCCAAUAAGCGUCGAGCGAACCAGGAACUGAAUGAAAAUAAUACAAUAAAGCGUUACGCAGUUUGGGAGUUUGUGUGCCCAGCUUAAAACAACAACGAAACUGAAAGAAAUGAGUGCAUGCAUGUCAUUUUUAACAUGCAGGGCAGUUUAUGAGUUUGUAGGUAGUGUAUGAAACUCCCGACUGGAAGGCGUGUGACUGAGCGAGGCUCGGUUUUGCUAUAUUAUGCUGGUGUGUUUGAUUUGGUAUGCUUGCAUCGGUGCGUUCGCCUGUCUCCACAAUGUCCCAUCAAUGCCAGCCAGCCGAACUCGAGUGCUCAACGGGCUACAAGAGAAAGGCUCCCUGAACGUGCUCUUGAUAGUGGCGGAUGACCUCAGACCUAGCCUGGGGUGUUUCGGUGACACAGUCGUGAAGUCUCCGAACAUUGACCAGCUUGCUUCCAAAAGCAAUGUCUUCCACAACGCCUUUGUACAGCAAGCUGUGUGUGCCCCGAGCAGGACUUCGUUUCUAACGGGUCGCAGGCCCGACACCACCAGGCUCUAUGACUUUGGUUCCUACUGGAGAGAGCAUGCUGGGAACUACACCACCCUUCCACAGCAUUUCAAAUCCAGCGGCUACAUCACCAUGUCUGUGGGGAAAGUCUUCCAUCCAGGCAUUGCUUCCAAUCACUCUGAUGAUUAUCCCUAUAGUUGGUCUACUCGUCCAUAUCAUCCUUCUUCUUAUGAGUAUGAGAAAAAGAAGGUUUGCAAAGGCAAGGAUGGUAAACUGCACGCCAACCUGUUGUGUCCAGUGGACGUGUCAGAAAUGCCCGAAGGCACCUUGCCAGACAUGCAGAGCACAGAGGAGGCAGUCCGCUUACUGAAGACUGUGAAAGAUGAAAGCCACCCCUUCUUCCUGGCUGUGGGGUAUCACAAACCCCACAUCCCAUUCAGAUAUCCUCAGGAAUUCUUAAAGCUGUACCCCUUGGAAAACAUGACCCUGGCACCUGACCCUGAAAUCCCCAAAGGAAUGCCUACGGUAGCCUACAAUCCAUGGACUGAUAUCAGGAAGAGGGAAGAUGUUCAGGCAUUGAAUGUCAGCUUUCCCUAUGGACCGAUCCCUCGGGACUUCCAGCUGCAGAUCCGGCAGAGUUAUUUUGCUGCAGUCUCCUACCUGGACACCCAGGCUGGGCAGCUCCUCAGCGCUCUGGAUGAUUUGGGCUUGGCCAACGAGACGAUUGUGGUGUUCACCUCCGAUCACGGCUGGUCUCUGGGUGAGCAUGGGGAGUGGGCCAAGUACAGUAACUUCGAUGUAGCUUUGCGCGUGCCAUUAAUCAUCUAUGUGCCUGGAACGACCGCUCCCACCCCUAAACCUGGGGACAAGACCUUCCCUUUCCUUGACCCCUUUCAGCACACACCAGACACAGUCUCGAAAGGCACUGUGGUCAGGGAAGUUGUGGAGCUGGUUGACCUGUUCGCUACAGUGUCUGAGCUGGCAGGGCUGACCGUGCCGCCCCCCUGCCCAGACUCUUCCUUCAACGUGGAGCUGUGCACCGAGGGCUUCAGCCUGGGGGACACCUUCGGUGCCAGCGAGCUGAAGAUAAACUCAGAGGCCAUCGCUUACAGCCAGUACCCGAGACCCACGGACCUGCCCCAGCACGACUCGGACCUGCCUCUCCUCCGAGACAUCCGCGUCAUGGGCUACUCCAUCCGCUCCUGCGACUACCGCUACACCGAGUGGGUGGGCUUCGACCCGGCCACCUUCCGAGCCCACUUCCAGGACGUGCACGCAGGGGAGCUGUACUUCGUAGCCACCGACCCGAACCAGGACAAGAACCUGUACAACAUCACCGAAUACGCCGGCGUGGUGCAGAGGUUCAGGAGCUAUCUGCAAAAAUAAAACCCUAAAGACGACUUUGAACACUUAACAGCCUCCCACAACAGAUGCUUCGUCCAUGUAGAGGCAUCUCAAUUAAAAGACCACCUGCUUUUUAAAGGGCUCUGUACCACUUUCUCCAUUCCGGGGAAAGUGAUUGACCUUCCAGUGUUUCAGUUAAUGUUCAAGUAGUUGGGUGAAAAUGACAAUGUGAUGUGGCUCGUACAAGUUAGUUCCCAGCUUGCGAGCCUCUGAAUCACAGUGGGUGGUUUCUGUCCUCUCUGGAAAGCAAGUUCUAUGAACACAGUCUCAUUCACACUGUUGCAGAGCAGUCGUUUCUAAGCAUAGCCAUGCAUUGUAGGAGUCAUGCUGUUCGUACAGUGCCUAAGAGAUCUCGUAUUAUAUACUUUGGUUGCUUGGAAACAGUGUUUUACUGGAGCAUCUGCUUUGAAAAAGAUCUAUAGUAGAGGCUCUCUGGUGGGAACAGUGCCCCAGUAUGGUGAUGGGCAGAAUUACUGGAAGAAUAGAUAAAAGGCUGCCUUUCAUCUGUUUCAGAGAAGACAAUAGCACUUUUUCAUUAUAAGAAGUUUGUUCAUUUCUACUAUUGUUAACUAUGUACGUGUGUGUUUGUAUUCAUGAAAUUUUUAAAAAAUAAACACGUGAUUUAGAAGUG